AAUUUAGAACUCAGACAAAACAUGUUUAGACCUGAAUUGCAGGUUAAGUGUUGCUUAAUGACAGAAGAAAGAAAACAGGAAAGAGGGAGGGGGAGAGAGCAGAAAAGAAAGAAGAGGAAAUGAAUGCUGAAUGAAGGAAUCCUAAAGAGGAAACUGAGAUGUCAGCACUUCCUCUCUCUCUUUCUUGUACCAGGGCACAGGCUCUACUACAUCUCCCCUCCCUGCCUCUCUCACUCAGUGAUCCCAGAGAGAGAUCUGCACAGAGAAAGACAGGAUUUGGAUUUUACUGCAGCAUAAAACAAGAAUAGCAUAAAAAAUAAGAGAUCAGAGCUGUGUUAAUCUGAAGAUCAAGCAGAAAAAAAGGCUGAGGAAUGGAGAGAAACUGAAAGGCAGAAAGAGGACAAGAAAAACGAGCACAGAGUGAUGACAAGGAGAAGGAACACAAUGAAGAUGCCCAUGCGUGCAGAAAUGUCCUGCCUACUCUUGCUGUGGCUGACAUGUAUUAAGGUACAUGCAGAAUGUCCCAGUGUUUGCUCCUGUAGCGAGAGCCAUCGGACAGUUGACUGUUCCUGGAGAGGGGUUAGACAUCCACCAACAGGCCUGCAGCGAAACCUCCAAUCCCUCAACCUGACACACAACCGGCUGUCUGACCUGGACCACCACCUAAGCUCUUUCACACAUUUGCGCAUUCUGGACAUCUCCUACAACCGUCUGCUUCAUUUCCCAGUCUCGCUACCACGGGCAUUGUGGGAAAUCAACGUUUCAGGAAACCGCCUGCGUGUACUUCACAAGGAUGACACAGCGUACCAGUGGAACCUCAGACUUUUGGACCUGUCUGUUAAUAAGUUGGAGCGUGUUGUCUUCAUCAAUAAUACGCUCCCCAACCUGAAGGCUCUCAAUCUUAGUCAUAACAAGUUCUGGACGGUACCUACCAACAUGCCCCAAAACCUGGAGGUGGUGGAUCUAUCCCACAACACACUGGUCCAGAUCCUGCCAGGGUCCCUAAAUCGGCUACACAGGCUGGCUUGGCUCUACCUGCAAUCAAACCGCUUCACCACAGUCAGGGAAGGGGUAUUCGAGCAUCUACAAAGUCUGAAGCUCAUUACUCUAGGAGACAAUCCCUGGGCUUGUGAAGAAACUGCUAAUAUCAGCCACCUGCUGGUGUGGACCAAACACACUUCAGCCCGAGUGCUGGGCUGCCCCUGCCACACCUGGCACACUUGCGGAGAGGCUCACCUGUCCAGAACAGGAAGCUGGCACUUUGGUACCUACACGCUGUCCCCAUAUGUCUUCGGAAUGGAGGAGCCAAGCCAUCCCUAUGUACAAGCAGUCACCACACACUUCUGGACAGGGACGUCGCUACUAAAUACCAGGGAUGACCAAACAGGAUCUAGUAGCACCAAGGAACAGGAGUCUUUUAGAAACGGUUUUGUCUUUACCACAACUUCAGAGGCUUCCAGUUCUAAUACUUAUUCGACUACAGAAGGUCCAGCCACAACAGGCGACUUUGUCACCACCGUCUCCACCACCCGGAAGACCACCACUCUCCGAACAAGAAGUGUGAAGAGACCCAAUCAGAACCUCAGUCGAAACACAAGCUCACGAUGCGGUGUGGGUUCACUCUACACAUCAGUCUGCUGUACGCUCCUCCUGAUGGGAAUUAGGCAAGGGCUCUGAAGGUCAGCUGAGUCACAUGGUCCUUCGAUCGAACUAUAAAUUCAUGUCAACAAAUGGAUAACAGGCUCAGCAUUUUCAAAUAAUGUUUAUAAAUAACAUAUUAUGAAAACAUUAAAUGAUUUUAACAUUUAAUCAUAACACUCUUACAACGUACUGCUAUAGAGAAGCAAUACACAGGAUUACUGGACAUGCAGGUUCACAUUAUAAAGGAGUGUAGAAGCAUUUCAUAUGUUAAUCAGAUUAGUGUCAAUUCUUUCUGUUUUAAAAAUUAUAAGUUAAAUGCAUGAUUCUGUUAAUAAUUCUGCAAUAAUAAAAACAGGAACAAAAAGCAUUCAUUUUUUAUCAAAAUUCUGCACUUUAAAAUAAAAAAAAAGGAAAAAAUAUUAAAAUUAGCAAUUAAAUGAUGCAAUUAAAUAAAGAAAUUCCGUCCAUAUAAGUAUGGUGGCCAUUGCACAACACAAUGAAAUUAGCACAACGCAACAGAAACAAAUAUACAACAUAAUACACAAUAUACAACAUAGUAUUGUGCUAUACAUGGAAAACAAGCCAAAACACACU